CCACAGGUGGCCUUCCUUCCAGUGUACAACUCGCAGAGCCGGAAAGCCUCUUGGCUUUGGAGACCUGCUUUUGGAUCUAACAAUUCCUUGAGAAGAGAAUAAGCACUCCCAGAAGCACGAUGAUGCUAGACUCAGUAAGCCACAAUACCUUCUUGCCAAACACAAUGCUAUGUGAAUCCCUGAUGUCUUGGUCAGAACUGUUUGGAGCACCUGAAGAAAACUACCCUCCAUUUGAUCACCUAACAGGUUCUGAUUCUUCCUGGACAUCUGUUUACCCCGAAUACUGGACGAGAAACAACGUAUGCGAGUGGCUACAAUUUUGUUGUGAUCAAUACAAACUGGAUGCCAACUGUAUUUCAUUUUCCCACUUUAACAUCAAUGGCCAACAACUGUGCGGCAUGACCCAAGAGGAGUUUCUAAAUGCUGCAGGCAUUUGUGGUGAAUACCUGUAUUUCAUCCUACAAAACAUCAAGGCUCAUGGUGUCUCCUUCUUUCAUGACAAUGAAGAUACAAAGUCGUCUGAAAAAGAUUAUAUUGAUAAGGCAUGUUUGAGGACAGGGGGCAUCAAGAGCGAAGAGUUUCAAAGUCACAGCAGAACAAGUCUACAGAGCUCUCACUUGUGGGAAUUUGUAAGAGACCUCCUCCUGUCUCCUGAGGAGAACAGUGGUAUUCUGGAAUGGGAAGACAGAGACCAAGGCAUCUUUCGAGUUGUUAAAUCAGAUGCUCUAGCAAAGAUGUGGGGGCAAAGAAAGAAAAACGAUAGAAUGACCUAUGAAAAACUAAGCAGAGCACUCAGAUACUAUUAUAAAACUGGUAUUUUGGAACGAGUGGACAGGAGGUUAGUGUACAAGUUUGGAAAGAAUGCACAUGGAUGGCAAGAGAGCAAGCUAUGAAAUACCCGUUUGCUUCAGACUCACUGUCAAAUAUGCAACAUGACGUCACCAAGGGAAGCUCUUUGCAGGACCUCUCUAGAUUCAUAACUGGAUAAAAUAGCAGCAAUAGACUUUGAGGACUGUAUUGGGGAAUUCACUGUUCUCCAUAUUUUUUGGACUAGCAUCAUCAAAUGCUUGACACUUAUCAAAAUAACACCCAAAAACUGCUCCGUAGACGUAUACCAUACUCUGGGGCUAUAUAUGCAGCAUUGUUCCCAAUGCCAAGAGCAGCAGUUUGCCAGUCAGGGCUCCCCAGACCAUCUUCUAAACUGUGCAGGAAUUUGUAACUCACAUUUUAUGCAGUGAGAUCAAUGAGGGAGCAAGAAAGUAGAAAGCCUGCGGCAAAUGCAGUUACACCAGAAAAUGUGAAGAAGAGACACCAUAUUUCCAACCUAUCCAAGUCAAUAAGAAAGUACAAUGAACUUAGCUAUAUAUCAGAUUCCCUCGCUGAAUCCACAGUUCUGUCACUUUUAAAAAGCCAAACCCAUAGAUUUCAAAAGAACACAUGCUUGAAAACUAAUUUCAAAAUGAGCCCAUAUAUUUAUCAAUUUUUAUCAACUCCCUUCCCCCAUUUCUGGUGCUUCCAUCACUGUAUGCACUUUAGUGCAAAUAGUUAUCACUUGUUUAUACUCUGUUAGUGGGCUGGUUGGUUAUAGUAAGUCAAAUACUAUCUGACUGCAUAUUGUCCUACAUUCGUUUUUAUGGAGUGGAGUAUAUUGAGCAUGGGGAUGGCAGAAUAUAAAUAUUUUAAAUAAAUUAAAUAAAAAAAUAAAAUGAGGGUCUAUUUUGUCACACAAACAGACAGACACACAUUUUGGAAUUUGUGAAAGCAAAUACUGUGGUUCUGGUCAAAGAAUAAUGAAAAAUAAGUUUGUGGGAACACUGCUAUAAUCUAGUGGAAUAGUGCUGAAUCAUGUUGUUGUUU